UAUAAAAGUAAUGAAAUUUUUCAAGAAUUAUAUCACCAACGAUGAAGCCUGUUUUGCUUUGUUUUUGUGUAAGUUUUCUAUUUGCAGCUACUCUUUGCAAGAUCAACUUUUCCGAUUCUUAUGAGGAGAAUAUGGACAAAAUAAUCGAGGAAUGUCAGUCGAAUCCUGCAACUAAAGCAUCAGAAGAGUGGUUGGAAACAGAAGAUCUAACAACUGCGGUUGAAGAAGGGCCUCAUAUCCUUUGUCGACUCACGAAAAUAGGGAGCCUGGAUGAAAAUGGAGAUAUUAAUGUCGAGAACAUGAGAGAAGAUUUGAAAACUGGUAUUGAUGAUCCAAAGGUGAUUGAAAUUAUAAUGGAGAAAUGCGGUACUAGGGAACUGAAUCUUACAGCUAUAGAAAGUGCCGUUGCUAAUUUUCAAUGUGUUCUUUCCACUUAUGAAGAUCUUCAUUCCUAAGUUUAUUUAUAUUCAAAUAUUCAUAGCAGAAGUAGAGAAUAUUGAACAGUUAUUCACAUUGUUAAGUUCUUGAAUAAAUAAAACUUAUAUCAUUUAAUCUAAAAAA